AUGGACCAGCCGGAGGUUACGCCGAUAAAGAACGACACCGACGCCGACUCCGACCCGUGCGACGAUGACGACAAAGUCCCGAUCACGACCACCACGAAGAACGCCUUGAUAACGACCCAGCUGGGCCACUGCGACGUCUAUCCCCAUCGCGUCAAAGUCUCGAUCGUGGGCAUAGGAAAGGUUGGAAUAGCUUGCGCCAUCGCGAUCCUGAUGAGAAGGUUGGCGAGCGAGGUCUGCCUGAUCGACCACGACGCGAACAAGGCUUCCGCCGAGGCCGAAGACAUUCAGCACGUCGGUGUUUUUUUGGGAAGUCCCCUGGUAACUGGCACGUCAGAUAUCAGCAUGGUGAAAAAGUCAGCAGUAGUGAUAAUCAGCACGGACGAUCCAGCGUCUGGCGAAACUCCGAACGUGAAGCAGAACUUCAAAAAUUUUAAGAUGCUCAUACCUAGUAUAGCACAGUUCGCUUGUAAAUCCGUUCUACUGGUGGUGACCCCGCCGACGGAUAUAAUGUCUUACAUUGCCUGGAAACUGUCAGGAUUUCCGACCAAUCGCGUCCUCGGAACCGGCACAUUAAUCGAUUGUGCCAGAUUCCAGGAUUUCGUCAGUAGGAGACUAAAUAUGGCGCGGAGCUCCGUCAGCUGCAUGACAAUUGGUGCUCAAGGAGACAUGUCUGUUCCCAUAUGGUCAAGCAUUCACAUUGGAGGCAUGAAGCUCCGCGACAUAAACCCCAGAAUAGGAGAACAAGACGAUCCAGAAAAGUGGUAUGAGAUUACCGAGGCCGUGAAGAACAGUGGUAAAGAGCUCGAUAAAAAGAAGGGAUUAAAUUGUUGGGGACAUGCCCUUUGUACGUCCGAGAUCGUCGACGCUAUUGUGAGGAACACUAAAGUCGUCCUUCCAGCCUCGACUCACAUACACAGUUGCGCCCACGGGACGGACAAGGACGUGUACAUGUCGGUGCCCUGUGUCAUCGGCCGGGAGGGUGUGUAUUGCACUGUUAGACAGAAGCUGACCGACAAGGAGAAGGCCGAUGUGCAGACGUGCGCCAACAACAUUCGAGCCGUACUGCGCGAGUGCGGGGUACUGCAAGACUCGAAAAACGAGACCGAGGAGUGA